AGGACCAUCCCACAACGAUUCUCUCAGAGGAAGAGUAUUAGCCUUUCCCAAAUUUUCCAAAAAUGGACGAAUCGCUGGAUGACUACAUUUCUAAGUCAAAUUUCAAGAUAAAAAUUGGAAAUCCAAAACCUUCAGGGUUUCAGGGAAAGAAGAAAGCCACAGCAGGAUUUCAAGGUAACAAAUUGGUCACUGAUGUUUCCAUCACUGUACCAGCAGUGCGUAAAACUGGCCCAAAUAACAAGACCAAUCAAAUGAGGGAUGCACGUGAACGACUCGUUUCCAAAAACAAGCCUUUAGAUGCGCGUGAAAAGCUUAAUCAGAAAGCCCAGGGCACAGAUGCAAGACAGAAAUUGAUGACAAUCAGAUCCCAGAAGGAGCCUCAAGAUGCACGUGCAAAGAUACAGGCAAAGAAACAGCAACAAGUUAAUCAACCACAGACACAAAGUGGCCCAUUUACUCUGACAAGAACAGUUUCAAAUAAUACUAACAACAACAUUCAGUUAACGCCUGGACCUAAGGGAAAUAUCAACAUUACCAAAACAUUGACUAAAGUCAUGCCACCUGGUUAUGAGCAUAUUAUUGGACCAUCUACAAAUGCUACAAACAAGGCAGUUACUCCGAUAGGAACAUCCACUGUGAAAAACCGACUUGGUCCUUCAUCAGGCACUAAUACUAGAAUAAAACUUGGUGGCUCUUCUGCAGCUGAUACUUCUAGAAGAUUGGGACCACCUACUGGCUCAAAUACUAACAUAGCCAAUAUAACAAGGACCAUAUCUAACACUCGUAACAUAGAACAUGGUCAACACCAGCAACACACAAAUUUCCCCCAGUCUACACCUGCUCCUUUAUCAUAUGAAAUCCAUCCUGGCAGUGCACAGGAACCUUUAUCUUAUGUGCCACCUCCUAGUAAUCCUCAUGAGUUUAAUACAGUAUAUCAAAGUGCUCCUCCACCCCAACAUAUGCCACCACCCACCCAGACUGCUCCUUAUCCGUACCCUUCUCAUCAAAGUCAGCCCCCGUACCCUUCAUCUUCACAGCCUGUCCCUGUUCAACAGGCACCUCCAGCACAAGGGCCACCAUAUCCGGUGAAUGAUCCAAUACCAGCUGGUCAUCAGUAUCCAAUGGGCCAUCAUUCUACUGUGAUACCCAAAAUACAAGUACAGAACGACCAAUACAGACCCCUGGAGCCUCCGUAUCCUCAGUAUGCAGCUCCCACUCAACAGCAUUAUGCCCCGCCCCCUCAGCCAUAUGCUCCGCCAGUGCAACAAUAUGCCUCUCCCCAACAACAGUAUAUGUAUCCUCCAGCACAACAGCCAGUUACUUAUGAACCCACCCCACAGGAGACCUACCCACGACCACAGUCAGGGCUGACUCAUGAUGCCAACUCGACAGUAUUCCAAAGAACAAUUGUAAAUGAUGUUCAGCCUCCACAGCAGACUGUGUCACAAACAUUACCUUUAAAAAGGAGGUCAACAGGAGAGCUAGUUGGACAGUCCUCAUCAUCCGGUCCACUGAGGUUGUCAAGCAAAAACUAUGUUCCUAUUAUUCAUACAACUGGAAGUUCAGAGUCUGCAAGGUCUGAAAAGCCAAAAUUCUCAAAAAUAACUGCACCAGGGGAACCAACAGCAAAGAAGUCGAAAGAAGAAGAUGAAGAAAAUGUGAUCAGUCCUUUACAAGGCUUUAAAAUUGCAAUAACAAAUCUUGCACACUCUGUAACUCAAGAUGAUAUCAUUGAAUUGUUUGGUGCAAUAGGAGCAGUAAAGAGUGUGAAGAUGUUGAAGUUGGGAACAGCUGAAGUUGUUUACGUGAAGAAAGAUGGCGCUGUACAGGCUGCUAAAAGUUAUCAUGACAGAGAAUUAGAUGGUCUUCCGAUGGUAGUGAAGUUGGUUACCCCAGUGUCUGCAAGAAUAAAGGAAGCGCCAGAAAAACUGCCAGCAUCUGUGAAACCAGCUGCUUCAUCACCUCUAAGGUUCAGUAAACCUGGAGUUAGCAAGGGAAAAGUGCCAGAUAAGAAAGAAGUGGAUGUGACUACACUACAUAAAGCCUUAUUUAAAACAGGAUCUUCUGGCCCUUCUAAACCCGUCACAUUUACUGUCAAUAUAUAAACUGUCAUGUGUUGAAUGUGACAUUCCACAUACUGAUAUAAUGCCAUGUGUUGAAUAUAUCUUUUCACAUACUGUAGACUGUUAUGUGCUAAAUAUGACAUUUUACAUACUGUAGACUGUUAUGUGAUAAAUAUGACAUUUCACAUACUGUAGACUGUUAUGUGAUGAAAAUGACAUUUCUCAUUGUGAUAGAAUGUCAUGUGCUAAAUAUGACAUAUCAUAUACUGUAGACUGUAAUGACAUUCAACAUACUGAUAUAAAAAUGUCAUGUGCUGGAUGUGACAUUCCACAUACUGAUUGACUGUCAUGUGUUGGCUGUGACAUUUCAUAUACUGAAUAACUAUAUAAUUUAGAAAGGGUUUUUUGUUUAAAUGAUUUAUUUAAGUUAAAUAGUUAAAAUAUUACAGUUGUUCGUUUGUGAUACACAUGUACAACUUAAGGUGUUGAUUUGCAGUACUUUUUAAUUCAUAGCAAUAUUUUCUUCAGAAAUCAGAUGUUUAUCGAGUAAGGGGACGAAAGUUCAAUGAUAUUGCACAGUAAAUGUUAGGAUCAUAAAAGUAUGGUUUAUGUAAUUUCAAUUUUGAUGACUACUAGCCUAGCAGUUUAGCACCCCAAGGGGUUUAAUAGGAAAAGAAUAAAGUGUUGUUUAAAAACACAUUUAUAAGUAUGAGAAUCUCUUGGUUAAUGGAUAAUGGUGGUUUUUUUUAACACAAAUGAAUAUUUUAUGUUAUAAAAAAAGGAUAUUGAGUGAGUGUAAGUUAAAUACUGUAUUUAUUGAACAAGUUGAAUAAAAAUAUAUGGGGUGUCCGUGGCCGAGUGGUUAAGUUUGUUUGACUUCAAACCACUUGUCUCUCAACGCUGUGGGUUCCAAUCCCGACAGGGACUUUGGAUUAUUUCAUGUGAGGAAGCUAUCCAGCUAGUUUACGGAACGUCGGUGGUUCAACUCAGGUGCCCGUUCGUGCUUGAAAUAAAGCACGGAAGGGCACCUGAGGUCUUCCUCACCAGUAAAGCUGGAACGUCAUCAUAUGACCUAUACUGUGUCGAUGUGACGUAAAACCCAAUCCAAAAAGAAUAAAAAUAUAUUAUGAGAACCUCUGGGGGGCAUUAUAUUUUAUUCAAGGAGUUCAAUAAAUUCAGUAAUGAACUGACAUAAAGUUAAAAUUCUGUUUAUCACAUACACAAAACAUGGACCGUUUGAAGUGAAAAAAAGGGGCACCUAUAGUUAAAUGCCAAUAUUUAGCGCGUCUUAUCGCUAUGUUUAUAUUUACGCAAAAGACAUUGCGUCAAAAUAUAUACACGGUUGUGCGAUACCAUUUUUGCGGAGUCACAAAAAUGGGAUGUGUAUGUGAUGAGAAUAGUUUAUGUGUUAUCUAGUUGAAUUGGUUGUAGUUUUUUUUUUUUUCGGCAAAGCAUCAGUUGUUAAUCAUGUUCAAACAUUGUUUCCUCAUAAUGUAUAACAUGAGGCAAAAUAUGGUUUACAUUAUAUAAUAUAUUUUUGUAAAUACGCACAUUCUCUUUCUAUGUUCUUUUUGCGAUGUUAUUUUAAAGUAGCCGUCAGCUUUUAUUUUAUGUUGGAAAAAGAAUUUUGUACUGUUUAAAACUAAGUAUUUCAGUAAUAUUACCGAGGAAAAGUGCAUCAUAUCACUGUUAAGCCUUUUUCAAAACAGUUCCCCGGGCAAUAUUUACAGCGCACAGUGACGUUGUUUCUAAAAAUAGAUGUUUGGGAAAUGAAUUGUUCAUUUUACUAAUUUACAUAUAAAGAGGGACCGAUAGAUCAGAGGUAUCAAGGGGUUUCCUUAUUGUUUAUGUAUUUAUCAAUGGCAAAUUUCAUUUUAUACCUUAAUUCUUUUAACUUGACAAUAAUAUGAAACAAUUUAUCUUUACAUAUUUAACCUUUAGAAAAGCUGAAGGCCCCUUUAAUGAUAACUUGCAUCAUUAUGUAAUUUGGUAUUUAAAUUCUUUAACAAAGGUUUUAUUCUUUGGAUAAUUUAUUUGGAUAAUUUAUUUGUGUUUUAUUGUCUGGAAGAUAUUUUUUUUGUAGAUUUAUAGUCAUUGUUGUUAGAAAAUUUAAAUUUUUUUUUUUUUUCUCUUUCAAAAAAAGUAAAAAGAUCUGGUAAUGUGUAACUUGCAUGUAAACUCAAAAGAAUAAAUUUGAAGAAUAUUUCUUUAAAAAAAAAAAGUGAUUUCAAAAUGAAGUUGGCACUCACAAUGUAUAGACCAAGCUUGAAAGACAUUUUGUGCUAUAUUUCUAAAGAAUACAUCAUCAUUAUCAUCAUCAUCAUUAAUCAGUUUUUGGUCUAGUCAUACCAUUCAGUAGAUAGAUCACUGAAAUUUUCCAGACAUACACUUGUUUUCAUAAGGUAUACAUUAGUAUGUAGGAGAGCAUUUUGGCAAUCAUCUUCUCACUUGUAUCAUUCACGCUGGAUGUAAGUUUAUAUAUAAAACAUUAAAUGUUCAUUGAAGACAAA